AGUUACUUACGACAAUCAAAAAUAUGAACAAUAAAAAGCAAGAAUAACCUUUAGGAAAUGUUUUAAAUAAAUAAAGAAGAGAUUUAAAGCAAAUUUCUUUUUUUAAAUCUAAACUUUCAGGAUUAUCACCUUUGAAUAAAUUUAGUCCUUUUAAGGAAUCAAGCGCAUCUUAAUUGUUCAAUAAAAAUUAUGCAUCUAUUGAUUUUACAUCUCAAAAGUAUCAAGUUUAAAUUUUAAAGACAGCCCUUAUUCAAAUCAAUAAAAUAAAGAUCCAUACAUAAGUCUUCAUUUGAUUCAUCAAGAAGUCCUCAUAAAUCUCCAAAUAUUAGCAAUUAGUAAUUUUAUAAUUAAUAUUUCAAGCUCUUCUAAACAAAACACAUAGAAGAAAGAAAAUACUAUAAGAAUUCAAUAAGUAAAAAGAUCAGAAUAGUAAAACAUAAUUGUAAACUUUAGGAAAAUUCCUUUUGAUUCAUUAAAAUCAUCUAAAAUUUAUAUGGAUAGUUAGAAAUCAAUAACUUAAGCAUUAAAGCAACAACAAAAAUCUGAGGACAUGUAAGAAUUUAAUUAAAUAUUAAGAAAAUUAAUUAUUGGAUUAAAAAGCUUGAUUAAAAAAGAGAAAUAAGUUAUUUUAAAUGAUAUUGAUUAAGUAAUCAAACAAACAGAUAAAUAUUAAUAAAAAAUAAUAGAAAUUGUAUAUUUAUAUAUAAUUAUAUUAGACAAAUGAUCAAGAAUAAUUAAGAAAAUAAUAUCAAAAAAUGACAGAGGAUGAAAAUUUGAGUGUUGAAAAAUAUAGUGAAACUAUAUCAAAAUACAAUAAAGUGAUUCAAUUAUUACAUGAAUUAUAAAUUGAUUAUGAUACAUUAUUACCUGAGUUAUGUAUGUACUUUAAUAUUUUAUUAGAAAAUGAUUAAACAGAAGAAAUUUUAAAAAAUGUUUAAUAAGAAGAGAAUAAAGAUGAAACAAUCUUACUUCAAUAAUUUAUAAUUAAGAAAUUGAUUAAUCAAAUAGAAGAAUGCAAAUAAACAAAUCAAUAACUAAUUUAAAAGAUAAAACAAUGA